AUGGCAAUCACAAUCCUGCCACCUGUGGUAGAGGACCUCGGGCCGUACCAGGCCGAGUCGGACGAUUCCAUGUCCGUCGACUCAGACUCAGAUGUUGAAAUGACCGGUGCUUCCCGAGCACCCAAGCGGGUUCGCCUAUCAGACAAGAAACUUGGAACCGGAAUCGUGACGCCGGGUGAAGUAGUCACAGAUGACCCGCAAUGGAUGAGAGGACAUGGCACAUAUAUGAACCCACUCUCGACGUCAAUUAUUGCCACCGUGGCGGGCACAGUUCAUAAAACCAACAAACUGCUCUCAGUGCACCCGCUGCGUGCCCGAUAUACGCCCGAGAUCGGUGAUCUGGUGGUGGGACGAAUUGUCGAGGUGCAAUCACGACGAUGGAAGGUCGACGUCGCCGCCCCGUUGCUUGCGCAGCUCCCCUCUUUCCGCUAUCAACUUGCCUGGUGCGAGGGCGACCUAGUGGUCGCGGAAGUGCAGAGCGUGCAUCAGGACGGAUCAGCUUCUCUUCACACCCGUUCUCUUAAAUAUGGCAAGCUUCGAAAUGGUGUCUUCCUUGCAGUGACAGGAACCGGUGGUAGUGGGGCCUCCAGUUCCAGCACCAAGGGAGGUGUUGGAUCCGGACCCUCGGGCCCUUCGACCGCCAGCGGCACCGGAGGUGUGGUGCGAUCGCGGCGACAGGUGUGGACUAUCAGCACCGCUAAUGGCGGUGGCGAAGUAGAUGUUAUUCUUGGAGUUAAUGGGUAUAUUUGGAUCUCAAAGCACGCGGAUGGGGCUGCCGCCGCAUCGUCUACAACCGAGAAUGUUUCGAUUACACGCAUGGAAGAGAUGGUGUCGAGUUCAAUUUACUCCAGCCAGAACGAUGAAAUUCCCCCACAAACCCGUCGGGAAAUUGCGCGUCUCGCACAGUGCAUCCAGGUGCUCGUGCAGGGGGGCUUACAGGUGGACCUUGAGGUAGGGGAUGAUGAAGACGAGGAUGAUGAUAUCCGCCAAGAGGGCCGAGAAUACUUGGAAGGUGCCAAAUCCCGGCGAAUCUUGGAGCUAGUGGCUCGGCAACAGUGA